AUGCCACAUGGGCAUAAUAUAAGGGUACAUCCGAGGAAGAUGUCAAACAUGAUUAGUGAACCGAAAGAUGCUGGUCAUAUAUUAUCUGAUGAACAGCAGGUGCAUACGGUUAUCCGCUCUUUGCCCCAUAAUUGGGUGCAUAUGAAAGUCAACCCGACCCACAAUGAGAGUGUGAAAACCUUCGAAGAUGCUAUGCGUUGCUUAGAACUGGAAGAGGAUCGCCUUUUGGCAGCCAAAGUACAUUAUGAUGUUUAUGUGGCUGGAUCUAGCUCACAUGGAGCUUCGGGCUUCAAACGUAAACAUCCUAGCAAGUUCACAAAGAGGGCAGACUCGGGCGCCACGGACCAUGUAGCCAGAGAUAGAAGUACAUUUGUGGAAUUUCGACAAAUUCCAAGUGGAGUGAAAUGGAUCUAUGUAGGAAAUAAUUCCAGAGUGGAAGUGAAAGGGAUUGGCUAUAUUGAUGCUGUCUGGGGAGGAGAUUUGGAUGAGAGGAAGUCCACUUCUGGAAAUGUGCUUUUACUUAAUAAUGGCGUCAUAUCGUGGAGCAAUAAGAAACAACAGUGUAUAGCCUUAUCCACCAUGGAAGUCGAGUUUGUGGCAUUAUUAGCGGCAGCACAGGAGAGUACUUGGCUUAAAAGAUUUUUGGAUCAUUUGGGUGUUACUAAAGAUGCUGUAAAACUUGUGAAGAAUGAGAUCAAGAUAGAGAUAUGUAUGUGA